AUGAUUGAAAGACGGGAUUUUCCAGGAAUAUUUGGGAGUAUUGAUUGUAUGCAUUGGAAGUGGAAGAAUUGUCCAGCUGCUUGGCAAGGAUCACUUAAUGAUUUGAAUGUGCUAGAUCAAUCUCAUUUGUUUAGUGAACUCGCUGAAGGUUGUGCUCUUGCCAUCAAUUACACUAUAAACGACAACAAUUAUUCUAUGGGAUAUUAUCUUGCUGAUGGUAUAUAUCUAUCAUGGUCGACGUUUGUUAAAACUAUUCCAGCUCCACGAGGAAAUAAAAGGCAGUUCUUUGUUAAAGCUCAAUAA